GACGCAGGCUUUUUUCUUCCAUUCUAUAUUUCACCACCUUUACAACAUCUUUUACCUCCUUUUUGGUCUCCUCUUCCCCCCUUUUUUCCCCCUUUUUGUACAUUCCCUAUCCCUGCCUCCCUCACACUCACGCUUGCUGCUCUCUUUAUCUCCCUCCCGCUCUCUCUCUCUCUCUCUCUCUCUCUGCUCCGGCACUGCAGUGCUGAUUGUGAUUGCACACACACACACACACACACACACACAUGCACCCACACAGGAGCGUUGCUGAGAGGCAAGGACUGCAGCAGCACGCACCAACUGUGGUCGGGCCGUCGGGCACUGUGAUGAAGGCGGACUGAGGGGGGGGGGACUCUCGUGCAACGUGCAUCUUUUGCAGCGGACGGAGUGAUGCAUUUGAAGACCUGAUAGCUUAUGUUAUCCGGCCUCCUCUGCACUGCCUCUGCAUCCCGUCCCCCCCUGCUCCUCCCACUCUAACUCUUCCUCCUCCUCCUCCCUCUCCUGUCUACUGCUUCACUAGACAGGACUAUAGAUUGACCGGGACUAGUGAGCGGCGGAUGAUCAGGUUUGCUCCGGCUGAAAGAUUCCUCUGUGGCGAUGCUAAAGACGGCAUCUUCUCCUUCUGAUGCCUGGAUUUUUAAUUGACAUCUGAGUGGAGAAGAUAACGCCCCACCUGCAAAACACGUCGGAUGUGUGUCGCCCCAUACCAGCUUUGUCAUUGGCUCAUUUCCUUGUUUUUGCUGGGUGUUUUUUUGCCUUUCCUGGCUAGCAGGCACUGCAGCAUCAGGACCGCAAGACCCGUGAACUAGUAGGGCAUGAGGACCCAGGGGCGAUCCAAACGAAGGGCUUGAGUGCUUCUAUUGCCACCACUGCUGAGCUGAGUGACUGGGACAGCGGGUGGAAGAGAAGAUGCUUAUGGCCCGAGACACGGCGCGAGAUGAGGCUCAGAAGCUGCACAGGAAGUGGCUGAAGCACCAGGCCUUCAUGGCAGAACUGGCCCGCAACAAGGAAUGGCUGGCCAAGAUAGAACAGGAGGGUCAGGAGCUGAUCCAGGAGAAGCCGGAGCUGCGCACGGUGGUGCAACAGAAGCUGGAAGAGAUCAGAGAAUGCUGGUCAGACCUGGAGACCACGACCAAGGCCAAGGCUCGCCAGCUCUUCGAGAACAACAAGCCGGAGCCAGCAGUGAAGAGCUACUCGGACCUCGACAACCAGCUUUCCCACUUGGAGCAGCAGCCCCCCCAAUUAGAGCAAGCUCACCAUCUGCCUACCUUCAAUGAGCAGCUCCAGAAGUUCCAGGCCAUGGAGUCCCAAUUUGGGGACCUUUACAAGGACGUGGAGGAACUGGGUAGCUUACAGGGGGUUUGCCUUCCCCAGCGAGGUCUGAUGGCAGGUGACAAGGAGGGUGGCGAGCAGUCAGGCGUGGUAGAAACCCGCAUUGUGCGCCUCAUUGAGCCCCUGAAGGAGAGACGCCGCAUCUUGCUGGCCUCCAAAGAGAUGCACCAAGUCGCCCAGGACCUGGAAGAUGAGAUGCUGUGGAUUCAAGAGAGGCUUCCCCUGGCAUCCUGCAAAGAAUAUGGGAAUAACCUGCAGAGUGUGCAGCAACAUGUAAAAAAGAACCAGACUCUUCAGAGGGAGGUGGCAGGACGGCGGGCUCGUGUUGAGGAGGUUCUGGACAGGGCAGGAAUUAUCGCAUCGCUGCGUACUCCGGAGGUGGAGUUUGUGCGUGAAGGAGCCGGCCAUGUGCGACAGCUGUGGGAGGUGUUGCAGCUGGAACAGGAAAGGCGGUCUGUGAUCCUGGAUGCAACGUUGCAGUCUCAGCAGUACUACAAUGAAGCAGCCAAAGUGGAGUCCUGGCUGUCAGGUCAGAAGCUCCAGCAGGUCAACGAAGAAAAAGGCACGGAUGAGGCGAGCACCCUGCAGCUGUUGAAAACCCACUUGGCUCUGGAGCAAACUGUGGAAACAUAUGCAGAAACUGUGGGCAUGCUCUCCCAGCAAUGCCAGCACCUGCUGGAGCUCGGACACCCGGAGAGUGAGCAGAUCACGAAGCAGCAGUCCCACAUAGAUCGUCUGUAUGUGUCCCUGAAGGACAUGGUGGAGCACAGAAAGACCAAGCUGGAGCAGCAGUAUUGGCUUUAUCAGCUCAACAAGGAGGUGGAGGAAUUAGAGAAAUGGAUCACCGAACGCGAGGCGGUGGCAAGUUCUACCGAUCUCGGCCAAGACCUGGAGGAUGUUACGAUGCUCCAAGAGAGGUUCACCAAAUUUGCCACGGAAACAAACAACAUUGGCCAGCAACGUAUGGAGCAGGUGAACAAAAUGGUGAAUGAAAUGAUUGACUGCGGCCAUUCGGACGCAGCCACCAUUGCUGAGUGGAAAGAUGGACUGAACGAGUCAUGGGCAGACCUCCUGGAGCUGAUGGAGACCCGCAGACAGAUGCUGGCAGCAUCCAAACAACUGCACAAGUUCUUCACUGACUGCAAAGAGGUUUUGGCCCAGAUAGCGGGGAAGGUGAAGCAGCUGCCAGAGGUGAGGGCGUGCCAAGCCAACAUCACCAAUCCAGCCACCCUGCAGAGACUCAUGCACUCUUUUGAGCAUGCCCUUCAACUGUUAGUUACACAGGUACGACAGCUACAGGAGAAUGCUGCACAGCUGCGGACUAUUUAUGCUGGUGAGAAGGCUGAGACUAUUAUGCUCAAAGAGCAAGAAGUGAUGGAAGCCUGGAAGGACCUGCUGAGCUCCUGCGAAGCCAGUCGCGUCCAAGUCACCUCAGUCACAGACAAAGUGCAGUUUUUCUCAGUGGUGCGUGAAAACCUCAUGUGGAUGGAAGGCAUUAUGGGCCAGAUUGGAUGGGACGAGCCCAGAGAUCUGACUGCACUGGAGAUCAUGAUGAAGCAACACCAGGAGGUGAAAGCCAAAAUAGAUGGCCGCAGCAAGACCAUCCAGCAGUGUGCAGAUCUUGGCAAGAUACUAAUAGCCGCUGGGAACCCUGCAACAGAGGAGAUUAAAGACAAGUUGGAGAGUCUUUUGGCCAAACAGAAGGAUCUGGUUGAGAAAUGGGACAAACACCAGGAGAAGUUACAACGCAAACUCGAAAGGUUCCAGUUUGCCCAAGAGACCGUAAAGGCAGAAGCCUGGCUGAAGGCCAAGGAGCCUCUGAUCACCUCCAAGCAGACGGAGGGAGGAGAAGCCCAGGUCCAAACCGAUGAGGUUGAGCAGCUCAUCCUUCGCCAUGAAGCCUUCCGCAAGGCUGCUGUAACCUGGAAAGAACGCUUCAGCUCUCUCCGUCAGCUUUCCGCAGCAGAGAAGAAAAAAGAGGAAGAGAAAAAGACGCCACUCUCCAGUCGAAGGAUGUUCCCAUUAUCAUGCCUGACUCCAUCGAGUCCUUCACCCAGUUCAACUCCAUCUUUCAUGAGACAGAUGGUACAGGCCCAAAUAGAACCAACACCAUUACAGACCAGUGUGGAACUGGGCGCCAGCAAUGCAAGCCAGAGAUUGUCCUCAACGCUUACCAGCUACAACCCAGUCAUAAAUGGGUCAGGCUAUCAUGGACUGGAGCCGCAGUGUAGUGGAAAGUUGGUGAGCUCCUCCUUCCUCGGGAUGAAUCACCAGGCCAUCGGAGGCGGAAGUGACUCUGCUUUUUCAGCGUUACCAUCUCAUUGUGGAGGCCCGGACCAUUCGACUUAUCUUGGGAUAAAUAAUCAAAAAAGUGACACUGCAGAGAGUUCUGGGUACUAUGGGCUGUCUCCCGGUUGUGUGGGCGGUUCUGGCUACUCGAUGCCAAGUCAACCAGGAAGUAGCAGAUUAGGAAGUUUGGGUAACCUGACUCAGGAGCAAAGUAGUGGAGGAAUGGGGACUCCUGGGUUUCUAACCCAGCAGAAUAUGGGAAGUUCUGGCUAUUUGAUACAACAAAACGUGGGAGGUUCUUACUUGACGCAACCACAAAACAUGGGAAGUUCGGGGUAUUUAACGCAACCACAAAACAUGGGGAGUUCUGGGUACUUGGGACAGCAGCCCAAUUUAGGGAGUUCAGGAUAUCUCGCCCCGCAGCCCAAUUUAGGGAGUUGUGGAUACCUAGCGCAGAAUUAUCAUAGCAGUGGAGGAAUGGGUAGCUCCGGCUAUCUUGCACAAAAUCAUUAUAGCAGUGGAAGUCUAGGUAGUUCUGGUUACCUAGCACCAAGUGGUGGCAUCAUGGACCCAAAAAUGGCCUACGCAUGGCAACACCUGAAAGCGGACUUCAUGCAACCCAGGAUUAAUCACAUCCACAAGGCUGUAAAUCCUCUCCUCGAGGCCAGCAGAGUACAGCGGGAGCAGUAUGGCGAUAUCCCGAUGGCAGACAUGAUGGGGCCGGAGUCAGGACUGGAGCUCCUCCAUGGCCGUCUCCAGAGGGAUCCUCGUGGAAGUCGCUCGGACCCUCAGAUGGACCACCUGCGGCGAGAGAGGGAGUACAAAUUGGGUCGACAAACUUCCAGCGAACAGGAGAUCCAAGCCAGGCUGAACGAGCUGCCGCUGAUUGUGCGUCAGGAGCGGUACCGGAGACGCCUGGAGAGACAAUCGUCCAGUGAACAAGAGGGGAGUGGCAAGCAAAGGCUUCAGCGACAGGACUCCAGUGACCUAGAGGGAUCCAUUAAAGAGGGCUCAGACAAACGCUCAGGGGAGAAGAGAUCUACUAUGGCAGAGAUUGUAGAACAAGUCCAGGAGCGAGAAGCAGCACAUGCCAGAGGAGAGCCGUAUCGGCCUCCAAGCAGCCUCUCUGCACCAGUGACUCGUUUCGAUGGACGCCCUCGCGCUCGAGACCGACCCAAACCAAGAAGGAGGCCCCGUCCGAAGGAGCCCGAGGAAACCCGUCGCUCUCGCUCAGCUCCUGCCACUGGUGCCCCAACGACACCUCAGCCGCCUUCACACACAGCACACAAUGAAGGCUUCCUGUAUCGCAAAAAGGCCACCAGCUCUGACCUUGAAGCUCAACAGAGGAGCCCCACCAGCAAAUCCUGGGUGAAUGUAUAUUGUGUGCUGAAAGAGGGCAAGAUGACCUUCUAUAAGGACGCCAGAAACCACAACACGACAUACAAUGGAGAGCCUUCAGUUGACCUUUCCAACUGCUCGUUUGAUCCUUCUAUGGGGUACAAGAAGAAGAAGAAUGUCUUCAUUCUUCAAAUCAACGAUGGAAAUAACUUUGUGUUUCAUGCAAAAGAUGAGGAGGAUCUGAAGGCUUGGACUUCCAGCAUCACCACCUGUAUAUCUGAGCAUGAGGCCAUGGCCAUGUGGGACAAGCCCGUCACCUCCGGCAUGGAUGCCGACCGCUCGGAGAGGAAAGAGAAGUCCGAGGGGGAUGCAGACGCCAGGUCAGAGAGAUCGGAGCUUGUCGGGGAGGAGAGGUCUGAAAAGGAGAGGUCAGAGAAAGGGGACGGCUCCGACAAGUUAGACACAUCAGAAAUUGCUGACAAGUUGGAGGGCGGGGCAGGGGGGGGCUCCAGCACAUCCGGAAGGAGCAAAUGACAAUUGGCGUACGUGGUUGUAUGAAUGGAGAGCAUGUUUGCAGAGCCUCGGUCCAAGAGCUGGGACACGCUGAGGCCACAACCCAUGGACAUGACUAUUCUAACUGUGACUAACUCAUUUCUCAGACCCCCCUGCCCCUCCCUGCCCCCCCUUCCACCUGUGGCGGUGCAUCAGUGCUUGCAUUGUGCCAUCUGCUGGUAGGUGGAGGCAAUGGUGGCGGAUGAAGGUUGUCGUCGUUUAAUCUCUUGGAUCCAUCUUUCCGUAUGUUACAAUGACUGAUGAUGCCAUGUCUGUCUGUCUCGACUCACCGGUGAAAGAGAUGUUCACGAUAAUGAAAAAAAAACAAAAAACUUUUGAAGCAAUAUACUUUUUUAUGUUCUUCUCUCUAAUAGCGAGAGAUGAAAGCAAAUGAAACACAAAGUAGUUGCAAAUGUGAACUCAAAUUAUUUGAUAUGAUUUCUCAUCCAUGAGGCAGUCUUGCACCUUAAGACACUUAAAAAAAAUACUUAACAUGUAAUCCCACUACAUGGUAAUCAUAGAUUAUCUUAUUAACCCCUUUUCCACCAAAAUCUAUAUGAAGAGACUAAAGUGACAGAAAACGAAAAAACAGCGGCAUGGAUACGUGUUGAUGCAAGAGUAAACAUCGAGUAAGUUUCCAUUAACUGACGUGAGUUUAUCUUUGAUUCAAAAGAGUAGUACGUAUUUUCCCGGACUAUAAGUCACACUUUUUUUCAUAGGUUGGCUGUUCCUGCGACUUAUACUCCAGAGCGACUUAUAAAUGAAAAAAGUGUUUGUUACAUAAACACCGUUUCUGUUCAUGUUUAUUUUUUGUGUAGCUGAAUAACCAUUGUGUUAGCAUAUCUUACACCUAUUCAGCCUGUUCUCUAUUCUUUUAUUAAUGUUUGAACUUGCCUUCCAAGAGGAUGUAAUGUCUGUUUUGGUCAAGUAGUUUGUAAAGUAAAUUACCCGCAAAAAAUGCGACUUAUAUGUUUUUUUUUCUACCGAAUUAUGCAUUUUUGGCCUUGUGCGACUUAUACUCCGGAACGACUUAUAGUCCAGAAAAUAUGGUACCCUUUCUCCUUUAAACUACCAUAAUUUCCAUGUAUAAGCUACUACUUUUUCCUUAAACUUUGCGGCUAUUUUAUCAUCACGUUCUACUCUCAUGCGAUCUCGUAUAUUUCAGAAGUACUACUAAUCGUUAAUAUACUAUGCCGCUGGCAAGUCAGUGAGGAAAGUAUCACUCAGUAUAACAGUCAGACUUACGGGUGUCAUCGUAUUCAUAUUCAUCAUAUUGACAUUUGUCUUGUAUGUUUCUUAGGUACACUUUUUUUGAGUGUUAAGUUGCUGUGUGAUGAUUUAGCGUUCUUUGUAAGAUGGCACCUUGAGUCAGACUGUUGCAUUGAGUAACGACAUCCGAUGGGUUGAUAAGCUCGUUGAGAGAUUUCACAGAGUAAGUAAAUAAACACACCACAGUAGGUACUUUACGGAAAUUAUGGUACUUUGAUACGCCAAAAUUUAAUCAAAAUCGGACAGACAAUCAAAACCAUAGGAGACUCGUAAUUUACUCUGAAUGUAAGCACGUCCCUCACCGGUGUUGCUGCCUGCAGUUGCUCGUCACCUCCCGUGUGUAUGUAGGAUUUGGUAUGCGUCGGCGAUGAGUUCCACCAAUCGCAGCCGAUUGCCGCCAAUCUUUGUCCAAAAUCAUUGCCAACUGCAUUUUCCUGUCAAUACGCCUAAAAGAAUAAUCCGUUCACUUGUUUAGCUCUUUUACAAACGAUUACCAAUUACCUCAACCACCAAUUAGCGUUUUUCAGCACAACUGCCCCCCACAAAAGUUCCCGGAACUUCUCUUAAAAGAUCUGAAUUGCUACCUGGAACUAGAAAGUUCGAUAUUGGUGGAAUCGCAGUGGAAAAGGGGUUAAUGUAACAAAUUGCUGGUGUUACCCACCUAGCUUCUUGGAUGUCAUAAAUAUGUAUUACUAUUUUUUUGAUCCAUGUAAAAAAAAAAAAAAAAAAAAAAGGGAGCUCUCCAUGAAAUGACGGAAAAAAAUAUUUGACACAAUGCCUUUGUACACAUUACCGAAAGCUGAACACUGCAUGAAAUAGUCUAUUAGUGCACUUGUUAAACCUUUUUUUUAUGUUCUUAAAAUCAUUUGGGGGAAUUGCAAUAAUUUAGUGCGAGGAGACAUUUUGCAGUCAUGGUCCACGACUCACAAAGUAAGAUUGUCUUCCAUCCUCCCUUACCUGCUGGAUGAACGAUGAGCAAGCCAAGCGGCCUCCUUAUUUCUUCUCGAACCUUUCUUAUUUUUUUUCCAAGGCUCUGACAUGUUCACCGCUGGGUUUAUGGCGUAUGAAGCGCUGUGUAAGACUGUUGCGUGUUUUAUUUUGAAAGUCCAACCUGAUUCUCAAUUACCAACAGCGCUAAAAAUGCAAAUCUGCUGUGGUUUAAGUCAUGAAUUGUAUAUACCUAUCUUUGUAUGUAUAUCAACAAACCCUGUGCUCUAAUAAAACAGUACUCUGACGUAAAAUGGGUAAAAGUAAAACAUUUGUAUUAAUCCACUUAAGUCAAAAACAACCAUCACUCCCAUAUAUUAAUGUUUAUGACAUUUAAAGGAAAUAUGCAAAUUAGAAGUCACUAAUGAGUAACAUAGCAUAUAUAAGUACACCGAUAUCUAGCCGUAUGAGCCACUUUUACCAGGGAAGUGCAACAGGACAUACAUCAAAUAUGCUUGUAUUUUUAUAUUCUUGUGUUUUGUUUUUUUUCUCGAUGAACCUGCCGCCCAAACUCGUGAUGGUAGCUGAUUGAUGUCUGUGAGAGGGGUUGCAAAUUUAUUAGCACAUGAAGAAACGACGGGCGGGCGGUGUUAGAUUAUUUUGCACACCGAAAUGUGACGCAUAUAUAAUCCCUGAAAAUACGAAAAAACGAAAAGAACACAGAUGGAGACGAUCUUUAACUCAUAAGAAGCCUGAGACGUUUAACAUCAAAUGCCAUGUGAUGUUUUUUUAAUGACUACUAAUUCAUGUCAGAGAUAUGUGAUGUUUUUGUGAUGAUUUGCCUUUUGAGUUCCAUUGGUGGUUUUCGUUUUUUGUGGUUACGAACGAGCGGAACGAGCGGCCCUAUAUUAGUUAAAACUAGGGCUGUCUUUUAUAACUUUAUUCUGACCGGAACACAUCAACAGCAGUGCUAUUCCAACCCCAUCUAUGUAUAUCUCCAACUCACAAAAACGUCUAUGGAACUGUUAAUGCAGAGGUACAAUUUGAUGCAUUCAAGUAUGCUCGGAAAUCCCAGAAAAUACAUCUACACUCAAACGCAGCCUCUAUCUGAAGCGUUGUGUUAUAGGGGUAUAGUUCCUUUUAAAAUAUAGUCCACUCUUAUCUAAAUAGUUUGACAUUACAGCGGAACCCAUUGAAGUCGAAUUAAAAUUUCGAUGAAGAAACAGGAAAUGUACCAUUUAAUAAAAAAAAAAAAAUGUAUAUAUAUAUAUAUAUAUAUAUAUUUAAAAUGAGCUUUAACGGCAAAAGAAUUAGCUGAAAAGAGCUUGCUUACCUGGUAGGACGCCAUUUUGGGGAACCCAUAUCCUGUCAUACUCAGAUGACAACUACUCCAGAAUGUUUUGUAGCUUGUUUUCUGUAAAUUAAUUAACAAAAUAUAGUAAGAACAAUUGAAUUAUAAUAUUUGACACCCUAUUAAAGCAUUACAAUUGUUAAAUUGUUUUAAUGUUGAGCCUUAAUGGCCUAAAAGAUGAGCUAGCUGACCUAAUAUGCCGCCAUUUUGGAUAAACCAGAUCCUGUCAUACGCGGAUGACAACUACUCCAGAAAGUUUUGUAGCUUGUUUUCUGUGAAUUCAUUAAUAAAAUAUAGUAAGAACAAUUGAAUUAUUUGACACCCAAUUAAGGCAUUACAAUUGUUAAAUUGUUUUAAUGUUGAGCCUUAAUGGCCAAAAAGAUGAGCUAGCUUACCUAAUAUGCCGCCAUUUUGGGUAAACCAGAUCCUGUCAUACUCGGAUGACAACUACUCCAGAAUGUUUUGUAGCUUGUUUUCUGUGAAUUCAUAAAAAAAUAUAUAGUAAGAACAGUUGAAUUAUAAUAUUUGACACCCUAUUAAGGCAUUACAAUUGUUAAAUUGUUUUAAUGUUGAGCCUUAAUGGCCAAAAAGAUGAGCUAGCUUACCUAAUAUGCCGCCAUUUUGGGUAAACCAGAUCCUGGGAUAGUCACGACAGCCACUCCAAAAUGUUUUGUACCUUUUUGUUUUGUAAGAAACAUAUGAAAAAGGGUUUAAUUGUCACAUCUAACACCUUAUUGGAGCAUUAGCGUUGUUAAAUUACAUUAAAAUGAGCUUUAAUUGCAAAAAAUACGCUUUUGGAAAUGAGCUAGCUUACCUGACACACUGCCAUUUUGGGGAAGCCAUAUCCUGGGAUAGUCACAUGACUGUCACAACAAAAUGUUUCCUAUACGUCACCUAGAAACUUGAAAUCAAGCACAAAGCUGUAUAGGACACAUUUGAAGGCAUUUGAAGUGUUGGUCCAAAGCUUCUUAUGGGUUAAAUGUACGUCUUCAGCUGAAAUGUUCCACUUUGAUGGCAUUGCACCUUUGAAUAUAUUGUACAUCCAAAAUUCAAACAGUCUUCCUUUCUUUCUAAACACCAAAAGGUAUGUUCCAAUUCAGCAGUGUUGGCUUACAUGAGGAAUGUAGUGAUUGUGCUAGUCUUCAAAUUAGUCAAACGACAAUAGACAAGCUAGCGUAUUUUGUGCUGUGAAUGUUAUUUUUCCUGUCACGGUUUUGAACAUAAGUGCCAUGAAAGAGCAGUUCAGAAGACACACGGUGAUCGAAGGAGAACUGAGAGUGAACCUGUCAUUGCAAUACAUGCUUUCAUCACCGAUGUGGGCGCGACAGUACUGUCACGUGGAUGUAAUCGCUUCAGUCCGACAUGUUUGCUCUCCAUCGCUUUUAUGAAAUAUGCUGGAGAUUUUUAUUUUUAUUUUUUUUUGUUCUUCCCGCCAUGUUAUGAGUAACAAAGUUAAAGAGACAGCACAAACUGUGACCGAAGAAAAUGCCAAUAAUGUGCAAACUUUUGUUUUCCUGCAUUGAUGGUCUUAAAGAGUGUAUGUCUUUGUUAAUUGACAUUCAAACUUGCUGCUAAGACAUUAAUAAACCUCCCAACUUGCUGAUGCUAAUGUCAUGUUGAAUUGAUGUGGACACACACUGUGCAGGUCUGGCGUGCUAUUCACCUACGCCGUAGGGGGAAAAUAAGUAUUUGAUCCCCUGCUGAUUCUGUAGGUCUAACCCAACAGUGCAUUGUUUUAAUGGUAUUCUUAUUAGAACAGAGAGAAACCGAAUGUAGUAAAAAAAAAUUUAAAAAAAAUGGUUGCGAUUGAAUUUGAUUGUGGGGAAAUUAGGAUUUGAUCCAAAAUUGUAUAACAAACGUCAAGUGGAUGUUAGAUAUGGUUGAUGAUGUAUAAAGUCAGUUCAUCCUUUCACUUUCGCCAUUGUCGUAUUUCCCCUCAGAAAGCUUGUUGCAGGGACUUUUUAUCUACAGUGUAAAUUCCCUUAGAGGAAAAAAAAAAAAGCAUAUGAUAAAUCUACAAGCUAGUAGUACGAUACAAAAAUAAUGCUCAC